GGAGCUUCGGCCCUGAGCCCGUGACACGCUCCGUGUGACUCCGGGAACGGCCAAAGCUGUGAGGCCCAGGCCGGCUCCGUACGGAUACGGUGAGGGCUUCCAGCAGACAGAGCGAUCUCUUGCGGGAAAGAAAGAUCCAAAAGAGCUCCGUCCUCAGACUGUCCCACCAGCGGGUGUGGGAUCCCCUCCCCACCAAGAAGAAAUGGCCGACGUGGACCCUGACACGCUGCUGGAAUGGCUUCAGAUGGGCCAGGGGGACGAACGGGACAUGCAGCUCAUUGCCCUGGAGCAGCUCUGCAUGAUGCUUCUCAUGUCCGAUAACGUGGACCGCUGCUUCGAAACAUGUCCCCCUCGCACCUUCCUGCCAGCCCUAUGCAAGAUCUUUCUGGAUGAGAGCGCCCCGGACAAUGUCCUGGAAGUCACCGCGCGCGCCAUCACCUACUAUCUGGAUGUGUCUGCCGAGUGCACCCGGCGCAUUGUUGGGGUGGAAGGAGCCAUCAAAGCCCUCUGCAAUCGCCUUGUAGUCGUGGAACUCAACAACAGAACGAGCCGGGACUUGGCAGAGCAGUGUGUGAAGGUGCUGGAGUUGAUUUGUACGCGUGAGUCGGGUGCCGUAUUUGAGGCAGGAGGCUUGAACUGUGUGCUGACCUUCAUCCGGGAUAGUGGACAUCUGGUGCACAAGGACACUCUUCAUUCAGCCAUGUCGGUAGUGUCACGCUUGUGUGGGAAGAUGGAGCCUCAGGAUUCCUCACUAGAGACGUGUGUAGAGUCUCUUUCCAGCCUCUUGAAGCAUGAAGACCACCAGGUGUCAGAUGGUGCCCUGCGUUGCUUUGCUUCUCUUGCGGAUCGUUUUACCCGUAGAGGUGUGGAUCCUGCUCCCUUGGCACAGCAUGGGCUUACCGAGGAACUUCUGUCUCGUAUGGCUGCAGCUGGAGGCACUGUCUCUGGGCCCUCUUCUGCAUGUAAAACAGGGAGAGGUACAAGCGGUGGCCCUUCAACUUCCGGAGACUCCAAGAUUAGCAACCAGGUCUCCACCAUCGUUAGCCUUCUGUCCACUCUCUGUCGUGGAUCGCCCGUCGUCACGCACGACCUGCUGAGAGCUGAACUAUUGGACUCAAUGGAGAGUGCGCUGCAGGGAGAUGAGAGAUGCGUGUUGGACACCAUGAGGCUAGUGGACUUGCUACUGGUGCUGCUGUUUGAGGGCCGCAAAGCCUUGCCCAAGUCCAGUGCUGGCUCCACAGGACGCAUACCUGGUCUAAGGAGGCUGGAUAGCUCUGGAGAGAGGUCCCAUCGACAGCUGAUUGAUUGUAUCCGAAGCAAGGACACUGAUGCGUUGAUUGAUGCCAUUGACACAGGUGCUUUUGAAGUAAACUUUAUGGACGAUGUAGGUCAGACUCUUUUGAAUUGGGCUUCGGCUUUCGGCACACAAGAAAUGGUGGAAUUCCUGUGUGAACGGGGAGCAGAUGUGAACAGGGGGCAGAGGUCGUCCUCGUUACACUAUGCCGCUUGUUUCGGAAGACCCCAAGUGGCUAAGACCCUUUUGCGUCAUGGAGCUAAUCCAGAUUUGCGAGAUGAAGACGGUAAAACCCCUCUGGACAAGGCUCGUGAACGUGGACACACCGAGGUGGUGGCCAUCUUGCAGUCCCCAGGUGACUGGAUGUGCCCAGUGAACAAGGGAGAUGAAAAGAAGAAAAAAGACUCAAAUCGAGAAGAUGAAGAGUGCAACGAACCAAAGGGUGACCCAGAAAUGGCACCGAUCUACCUGAAGAGGCUGCUACCUGUCUUUGCUCAGACUUUCCAGCAAACCAUGCUGCCAUCAAUCAGGAAAGCCAGCCUCGCUCUUAUAAGGAAGAUGAUCCACUUCUGCUCCGAAGUGCUUCUGAAGGAAGUCUGCGACUCCGAUGCUGGACACAACCUGCCCACCGUUCUUGUGGAGAUAACGGCCACUGUCUUGGACCAGGAGGAUGAUGACGAUGGACACCUUCUAGCUCUACAAAUAAUCAGAGAUCUGGUAGAUAAAGGGGACGAUCUCUUUCUGGACCAGCUGGCCCGACUGGGAGUCAUCAGCAAAGUGUCUACCCUGGCAGGUCCUACAUCUGACGAUGAGAACGAGGAGGAUCCAAAACCGGAAAAGGAGGACGAACCUCAAGAAGAUGCCAAAGAGCUGCAGCAGGGCAGGCCAUAUCAUUGGAGGGACUGGUCAGUAAUCCGAGGCCGGGACUGUCUUUACAUCUGGAGCGAUGCUGCAGCUCUGGAGCUCUCCAACGGCAGCAACGGCUGGUUCCGCUUCAUCCUAGAUGGGAAGCUGGCAACUAUGUAUUCAAGUGGAAGCCCAGAGGGAGGCUCGGACAGCUCGGAAAGCAGGAGUGAGUUUCUAGAGAAGCUACAGAGGGCUCGCAGUCAAGUCAAACCAUCCACCUCGAGCCAGCCUCUCCUGUCUUCUCCUGGACCAGGCAAGCUCACUGUGGGCAACUGGUCCCUUACUUGCUUGAAAGAUGGAGAGAUUGCAAUUCACAACUCGGAUGGUCAGCAAGCCACAAUACUGAAGGAGGACUUGCCCGGCUUUGUAUUUGAAUCAAAUAGGGGCACCAAGCACUCCUUCACUGCUGAGACUUCACUGGGAUCAGAGUUUGUAACCGGUUGGACAGGAAAGAGAGGCAGGAAGCUAAAAUCAAAAUUGGAGAAAACCAAGCAAAAGGUACGAACAAUGGCAAGAGAUCUGUACGAUGAUCAUUUUAAGGCCGUGGAAAGCAUGCCACGUGGGGUGGUGGUAACUUUAAGAAACAUUGCAACACAGCUCGAGUCCUCUUGGGAGCUUCAUACGAAUAGACAGUGCAUCGAAGGGGAAAACACAUGGCGAGAUCUGAUGAAGACAGCCCUGGAGAAUCUGAUUGUGCUCUUGAAGGAUGAGAACAUGAUCUCUCCGUAUGAAAUGUGCAGCAGUGGUCUGGUGCAGGCUCUGCUGACUGUGCUCAAUAAUAAUGAAGAUUUUGAUAUUAAGCAAGAUUGCGGUCAACUUGUUGAAAGACUAAAUGUGUUCAAGACGGCGUUCACUGAAAACGAGGAUGAUGAAAGCCGCCCAGCGAUUGCACUGGUCCGAAAGCUGAUUGCCGUGCUUGAAUCUAUAGAACGUUUGCCUCUGCACUUGUAUGAUACACCUGGAUCCAGCUACAACCUCCAGAUCUUAACCCGGAGACUUCGGUUCCGCCUGGAGAGGGCACCUGGAGAAACAUCUCUUAUUGACCGUACUGGUCGGAUGCUGAAGAUGGAGCCUCUGGCCACCGUCGAGUCACUAGAGCAGUAUUUGCUUAAGAUGGUUGCUAAGCAGUGGUACGACUUUGAUCGCUCAUCAUUCGUAUUUGUUCGCAAGCUAAGAGAGGGACAGAGUUGCGUGUUCCGGCACCAGCACGACUUUGAUGAUAACGGGAUCAUGUACUGGAUUGGGACGAACGCAAAGACAGCAUACGAGUGGGUGAACCCAGCGGCGUAUGGCCUCGUGGUGGUUACGUCUUCUGAAGGCAGAAAUCUGCCGUAUGGCAGGUUGGAGGACAUCCUCAGUCGUGACAGCUCAGCUCUAAAUUGCCACACCAAUGAUGACAAGAGUGCUUGGUUUGCCAUUGACCUUGGCCUGUGGAUUGUGCCUUCCGCUUACACCCUGCGCCAUGCCCGUGGUUAUGGCCGCUCUGCACUUCGGAACUGGGUUUUCCAGGUGUCUAAAGAUGGCCAGAACUGGACCACUCUGUACACGCAUGUUGAUGACUGCAGCCUAAAUGAACCAGGUUCCACCGCUACAUGGCCCUUGGACCCACCUAGAGAGGAGAAACAGGGUUGGAGACACAUCCGGAUAAAACAGACCGGGAAAAAUGCCAGCGGGCAGACGCACUACCUCUCACUGUCUGGCUUCGAGCUCUACGGCAGUGUAAGCGGCGUGUGUGAGGAUCAGCUUGGUAAAGCCGCCAAAGAAGCAGAAGCCAACCUGAGACGUCAGAGGCGACUAGUGCGUUCCCAGGUCUUAAAAUACAUGGUCCCUGGAGCGAGGGUUGUCCGUGGCAUUGAUUGGAAGUGGCGAGAUCAGGAUGGUAGCUCCCAGGGCGAGGGCACUGUCACGGGAGAGCUGCACAACGGCUGGAUUGAUGUCAUUUGGGAUGCCGGUGGCUCUAACUCUUACCGCAUGGGCGCGGAAGGAAAGUUUGACCUCAAGCUGGCCCCAGGGUAUGACCCUGAGUCUGCGGUGUCAUCCAAACCUGUCUCAUCCACUGUUGCAGGCACGCCGCCGUCCUGGAGCAGCCUGGUGAAAAACAACUGCCCUGACAAGGCCCCUCCGGCUUCCUCCUCCUCCUGCGCGGCCGCCGGCGGGGUGGCUGGCCCCUGCAGCCGCAAGGGCAGCAGCAGCUCAGUCUGCAGCGUGGCAAGCAGCAGUGAUGCGAGUCUGAGUUGUGCACGGACUGAGAGGAGGCCCGAGGAGCCAGGCUCUGAACCUCACAAUGACCCCAUAUUGGUGCUGUCCUCCAACCAGGCAGCUUCAGGCUCUUCCACCUGCCCUCCUGGGGUGGAAAUGGCUGCGGAUGGAGAACGCAAGGCUGGGGAGGCUCCCACCAUCUCGAUGGGUAUGGUGAGCAUCAGCUCUCCGGAUGUCAGUUCUGUAUCAGAACUCAGCAACAAGGAGGCUACGGUUCCUCGCCCUCUGGGGUCCUCUGCGAGCAACCGGCUGUCUGUCAGUUCUCUGCUGGCUGCGGGAGCGCCCAUGAGCUCCAGUGCCAGCGUCCCAAACCUGUCUUCAAGGGAGACUUCUAGUCUGGAAUCCUUUGUGAGGAGGGUUGCAAACAUCGCUAGGACAAAUGCCACCAACAACAUGAAUCUGAGUCGAAGCAGCAGUGAUAACAACACGAACACCUUGGGAAGGAAUACCGUCUGCUCUGCCACCUCUCCGCUGAUGGGAGCCCAAAGCUUUCCUAACCUGACAACCACUGGAACCACAUCAACUGUUACAAUGUCCACAUCCAGUGUCACCAGCAGCAAUGUGGCAACCGCCACGACUGGCCUUUCUGUGGGACAGUCCCUCAGCAACACGCUGACCACCAGCCUGACUUCUACGUCGAGUGAAAGUGACACGGGGCAGGAGGCAGAGUACUCGCUGUACGAUUUUUUGGACAGUUGUCGGGCAAGUACCCUUCUUGCCGAGCUAGAUGAUGAUGAAGAUCUUCCUGAACCUGAUGAAGAAGAUGAUGAAAAUGAAGAUGAUAACCAAGAUGAACAGGAAUAUGAAGAAGUCAUGGAGGAGGAGGAAUACGAGACAAAGGGUGGUCGUCGUAGAACCUGGGAUGACGAUUAUGUGCUGAAGAGACAGUUUUCUGCCUUGGUCCCUGCUUUUGAUCCUCGUCCUGGGCGAACAAACGUCCAGCAAACCACAGACCUGGAAAUACCCGCGCCAGGUACCCCCCAUUCAGAGCUCCUGGAGGAGGUGGAGUGCGCCCCUCCUCCUCGCUUGGCACUCACACUCAAGGUCACCGGUGUGGGCAGUGGAAGAGAAGUGGAGCUCCCUCUUAGUAACUUCCGUUCCACCAUCUUCUACUAUGUACAGAAACUGUUGCAGCUAUCUUGUAAUGGAUCGGUCAAGACCGAUAAGCUGAGAAGGAUCUGGGAACCCACUUACACAAUCAUGUACAGAGAAAUGAAGGACUCGGAUAAACAGAAGGAAUCUGGCAGAAUGGGUUGUUGGUCAGUGGAACACGUGGAACAGUCCUUGGGCACAGAUACCUUGCCAAAGAAUGACUUGAUCACCUACCUUCAGAGGAAUGCCGAUGCAUGCUUUCUGCGGCGCUGGAAACUCACCGGAACAAACAAAAGCAUUCGGAAAAAUCGCAACUGUUCACAGCUCAUAGCGGCUUACAAAGACUUCUGUGAGAAUGGUUGUAAAUCGGGAGUGAUGCCCGCUGCUUUUCAAACCCUCCAGAGUGCGGAUAUCCUUAGUCACGCGCGGGAGCAGCCUCAAGCCAAGGCUGGCAGCGGGCAAAACUCGUGUGGUGUUGAGGAUGUUCUGCAACUCCUGAGAAUUCUUUAUAUUGUUGCAAGUGACCCAUACUCUGCACGGACCCCUCAAGAAGAAGGAGACGAGAUGCUGCUUUUCAGUGUUCCAGCAGAAGAAUUCACUAGUAAGAAAAUAACCACCAAGAUCCUCCAACAAAUUGAGGAGCCUUUGGCUUUGGCGAGUGGAGCUUUGCCAGAUUGGUGUGAGCAGCUCACCAGCAAGUGUCCCUUCCUGAUACCCUUUGAGACACGGCAGCUCUACUUCACAUGCACAGCUUUCGGGGCGUCCAGAGCUAUUGUGUGGCUGCAAAACAGACGGGAGGCCACAGUAGAAAGGAGUAGGACAGCCAGCGCUGUGCGCAGGGAUGACCCAGGGGAGUUCAGAGUAGGACGUUUAAAGCACGAGCGGGUGAAGGUACCACGGGGAGAGUCGCUGAUGGAAUGGGCAGAGAACGUCAUGCAGAUUCAUGCGGACCGCAAGUCUGUGCUUGAGGUUGAGUUUCUGGGGGAAGAAGGCACUGGACUGGGUCCCACCCUGGAAUUUUACGCCCUGGUGGCUGCAGAGUUCCAGAAGACGGAUUUGGGGAUCUGGUUAUGUGAUGAUGACUUCCCAGAUGAUGAAUCUCGACAGGUGGAUCUAGGUGGUGGUUUAAAGCCUCCAGGAUAUUAUGUUCAGCGCUCCUGUGGUCUUUUUGUCGCGCCGUACCCUCAGGAUAGUGAGGAGUUGGACAGAGUGACAAGGCUUUGCCAUUUCCUUGGGAUCUUUUUGGCAAAGUGUAUCCAAGACAACAGAUUGGUGGAUUUGCCCAUUUCUAAACCCUUCUUCCGCCUCAUGUGCAUGGGAGACAUCAAAAGCAACAUGAGCAAGCUGCUAUAUGCCACGCGGGGAGAAGAGAGUGAGCAUUGCACAGAGAGUCAGUCCGAAGCUUCCACCGAGGACGGCCACGAUGCCCUGUCUGUUGGUAGCUUUGAUGAAGACUCCAAGUCAGAGUUUAUCCUGGACCCACCCAAACCAAAGCCGCCAGCUUGGUUCCAGGGUAUCCUGACAUGGGAGGACUUUGAGCUGGUAAACCCACACCGUGCUCGCUUUCUUAGAGACAUACGCGAGUUGGCUGUGAAAAGGAGGCAAAUUCUGAGUAACCGCAGCUUGUCUGAGGAUGAGAAGAACACUCAGUUACAGGAACUGAUGCUGAAGAAUCCCUCUGGAUCAGGACCUCCUGUUAGCAUUGAAGACCUUGGACUGAAUUUCCAGUUCUGUCCAUCUUCCAGAGUCUAUGGCUUCUCUUCAGUGGAUCUGAAGCCAAAUGGAGAGGAUGAGAUGGUGAUGAUUGACAAUGCGGAGGAUUAUGUCGACCUGAUGUUUGAUUUUUGCAUGCAGACGGGUGUGCAAAAGCAGAUGGAGGCGUUUAGAAGUGGCUUUAAUAAAGUUUUCCCUAUGGAGAAGUUGGGCUCAUUUAGCCAUGAAGAAGUCCAGAUGAUACUUUGUGGUAACCAGUCCCCAUCUUGGUCAGCUGAAGACAUCAUCAAUUACACAGAACCCAAACUUGGCUAUACAAGGGAAAGCCCUGGCUUUUUGCGGUUUGUGCGAGUUCUAUGUGGCAUGACGUCAGACGAAAGGAAGGCCUUCCUGCAGUUUACAACUGGGUGUUCAACAUUGCCCCCCGGAGGGUUGGCCAACCUUCACCCUCGCCUCACUGUUGUCCGUAAGGUUGAUGCCACGGACGCCAGCUACCCCUCUGUAAAUACAUGCGUGCAUUACCUGAAGCUACCAGAGUAUUCUUCGGAGGACAUAAUGCGAGAACGUUUGCUUGCUGCUACCAUGGAGAAAGGGUUCCAUCUGAACUGAGCGUUACCCUGGGGUGGGGGGCAUUAUGUUUUGUUACUAGCAGCACUCCCUCUUUCUUGUGUUUUGUGUGCUGAGAAAAGACAUGGCCUUUCUUCCUCUGGUUGUAUGCCCCUUACACCUUCCUCUGCAGUGCUUUGAAGGAGAGGCUGGGUGCAAUGCCUUUUUACUUUAAAAAGUUGUUAGCUGCUAAUAACAAAAGUGUCUUCAGGCAUGAAUGACUUUAAAAGGACCCUCUUGUUGCCAGGCUCAUCUAACAGGACAGAAGGACGCCUCUGAUCAUGUCUUUUAGGGUCACCGCUUAUCAGCAUUCAGACAUCUUGUGAAAGUGUGACAGUUCUUGUAUAAACAUAAUACACUACGUCUGUAUUCCCCACCCCCUGCAUUAAGACCCUUGCCUAGCUUUAAACUAACCCAUCGGAGAAGCUGCUUUCAUGACAUGUAGAAUAAUUGAUUUUGUUUUCAAUGCCACCCUCAAAAUGGUGCCUGCACUAUUUAAAUGCCCCCCUUUUUGGCCUUUCCCUUUAAGUUUUAAGUAUGCACCUUCAAAUUACUCUUAAGAAAAAAUAAAUGGGUAUGUUCAUGUUUUUCCCUAUAAAAAUGCCCCUGCUAUGCAGAUUAAAUUGAAGUGUUUGUGCAAAGUGCAUAUAAAUCAACCAAUAACAUAAAAAAAAAUAUAAAAAAAAAAAAAUACACGUACCGCCGCAAGGUAACAUAAUCCCUCACUUUCCAGGGGGCUUGAAACCCUGCGUAGGAGACUGUUCCUCGCACUUAGGGGUAUGAAAAGCAAGUUUUUGCUCUUGUUGUAUUUUCUUUGUAUAUUAUAAACCUUUAUUUAACUUGUUGCAGUUUGAAGUAAAAAAAAAAAAAAAUAAUAAUAAAGAAUUAAUAAAAAGUAUUUCCAUUAUGUGUACAAUAUCACCAUUAAAAUGUUGGCUGCUUA